AUGGAGCUUCAACAUUUCAGCCAUAAGGACCAUCCACUGAUUCUCAAAGAAGUGCAAGAGGCUGAAAGUGAGAGGAUUAUAUGCUAUGGGUGUGAGGAACCAAUCGUAGAGGACUCUAUGUAUAGUUGUAGCCAAUGUGAUUACUUCCUCCACAAAAGAUGUGCGGAACUCCCCCAGGAAAUUAAUGACCCUGUGCACCCCCAACACCUUCUCACUCUCUAUGGAUGUUCACCUUAUCCGUCUUCUUCGUCAUACAUAUGUAAUGCAUGUCGACAAGAUUUGGAUCUGUUCAACUACUUUUGUAGUUCUUGCAAAUUUAACCUUUGCAUCUCAUGCUUCUUAGAGGAACGCACGAUUAUGCACACAAGUCACGAGCACCCAAUGGUUGCCAUAUCUAGACCAGCAUCGUUCUUUUGUAAUGGUUGUGGCAGUGAAGAUAUGGACACAUCCUAUGCUUGUCACACUUGCCAUUUUUGGAUUCAUAAAACUUGUGCUUCAUUACCUCGCACCAUCAACCUUGGUGAUCACAAGCACCCUCUUGUCCUUGUCAAGGAACACCUCGAGUUAACCAAUUUCAGACACUACUGCAAUUUAUGUCGUAAGCUCAUUGUUGAAGAUACUUGGGCUUAUUACUGUGGCCUAUGUAAAUACUUUGUCCAUCUAAAAUGCGCAACUUCAUAUUUAGAUUCAGAGAGUGUUAGAGGGAGUGAAGAUGAGAAUGAAGUCGAUGAACUACUCGACUCCAAUGUGAUCCAUUUACCGGUUAUAAUGAAGAUAGUGCAAAAGAUUGUGAUGAGUGUCGUUGGCAUUCAUGCUGCCAGAACUUCGAGUAGGCAGGAGGCGCGAGAGACGUGGUUCCCUUACAGUGAACUUCCUACGAAAGAUUUGUCAAAGGAUGCAAAGCAAGUUGUAGAAGUGCAGGAACUGCACCAACUGGAAAACUGGAGGCGGCCUAGCAACAAUAGAUAG